UACUGUAAACUUUUUCUUAGAGAUAGCCAUGUCUGUUUUGGAAUACGAAGGCAGCAACUUUUUGCGCCAGAGGUUAAUACUAUCCACGCUAAGCGGGAAGCCUGUAAAAAUCAAGAAAAUAAGAAGUUCUGACGAGAAUCCAGGACUCCAUGAAUUUGAAGCAAACUUGUUAAGUUUGCUGGACAGAUUAACUAAUGGAACAAAAAUAGAUAUCAGCGUCACUGGGACUACUCUGUUGUACCGGCCAGGAAUUUUAAUUGGAGGGACAUUAGACCAUGACUGCAACCUAGAAAGAUCUAUUGGGUAUUAUCUGGAAGUUAUAAUAUGUUUGGCACCGUUUUGCAAGCAAGCAGUUAGUUGUACCUUAACAGGCAUAACAAACGAUCAUGCUGAUCCCACUGUUGAUUUUUUAAAAGGCACAAAUUUGCCGCUGAUGAAACUGUUUGGUGUUGGUGACGAUUUAGAGCUAAAGAUAAAUAAGCGCGGGGCAUCACCUGGUGGUGGGGGUGAAAUAUAUUUCCAUUGUCCGAGGGUCAACAAGUUACGAACACUCAACUUCACAGAGCCUGGUAAAGUUAAAAACAUCAGAGGGGUCGCUUAUGCAACACGGGUGUCUCCCCAAAUGCCAAACCGACUUGUUACCUCUGCAAGGGGGGUGCUGAAUGGAUUUAUACCAGAUAUCUAUAUUAAUACUGACCAUUUAAAAGGGGCACAGUCUGGAAAAUCUCCUGGAUUUGGAAUCUACCUAGAAGCUAGAUCAACCAAGGAUGUUAUUCUGUCAGCAGAAUGCAACUCUUUGCCAAAGUCCGAGAAUGCAUCAGUUGAUCCGGAAGAGCUUGGUAAGCGAGCAGCAUGUGCUUUGUUGGAGGAAAUCCACAGUGGUGGUUGUGUGGGUUCAUCAAGUCAGUAUCUAGCUGCCCUUUUCAUGGCUCUGGGGGAACAGGACGUUGGGAAAGUUUUGUUUGGUCCACUAACUCCGUAUACGAUUGAAUUUUUGCGACACAUUCGAGAUUUUCUUCAAGUAACUUUCAAACUGGAAGCAAAAACUUAUAGCGGUGAUCAAAUGGGACAAAACAUUGGAAGUUCUAAAGUAUUGUUAACUUGUGUUGGUGUAGGCUUUUCAAAUAUGAGCAAAACAAUUAGAUAGAGUUUACUUGGCUUGCAUGGGGUUUUGGUUAUAAGUAUUGUAAGAAAUACAACAGCAGUCUUUCUGUUUAACAUCAGUAACUAGUUUUUUGCCAUAAUCCGGAAAACUUUGUUUAAAAUUAUCCUUAUCGUUUUAACAAUGGUCUCAACUUGCAACCAAUAAUGUAUUUUGCGCUUUAAAAUCUCAGA